AUGUCAACCUCACUGGCAGCCUCCUCUUUGCUCUCCGUCAAGAAGUGGGUUGUGGUUGUAACUGGUGGAGGCACUGGAAUUGGAUUGAUGUACGCAAAAGCCUUGGCCGCCAAUGGAGCCAAAGUUUACAUCACCGGAAGACGUCAAGAAGUCCUGGAAAAAAGUGCCAGCAUCCACGGAUCUGCAGACGAGGUUAGCGCUGCUGGGGGUCAAAUUGUUCCCCUUGUCAUGGAUGUAACCAACAAGGAUAGCAUCAAGCAUGCUGUGCAACACGUCGAAGAAGCUCAUGGCUAUCUUAAUCUGCUCGUGAACAAUGCUGGUGUUUGGACUACAAAGCCUGAGGCAGGGCCUGAAGAUGGACCCGAGAAAUUCGGUAGCUCCAUGUUCGACCAGUCUAUUGAUCUCUGGCAACAAGCCUUCCUCGUCAAUGCCACCUCUAUCUACUUUGUAACAGCAGCUUUUCUACCCCUACUAGCCAAGUCCAUCUCCGGCCCCACCAAAAAGAUGGGAAGUGUAAUCAACACCACCUCCAACAGUGGUCAACUUAGAAUGUCCGAGGCCUCCCAACUAGCCUACAACGUCAGCAAAGCCGCAUCCGUCCACAUGACCCGCCAACUAGCCUUUGAUUUCAGCCACGAAAAUAUCAAGAUCCGCGUCAACGGCAUCGCACCAGGCUGGUUCCCCUCCGAAAUGACCACCGGCGCCUCCGACGACAAAAAUGAGAGCACAGCCCAGGACGACCCGGCGUUCCAGCAGGAAAUGCGGAAUGUUGGUGCGCGCGUGCCUCCUGGUCGCAUGGGCAAGGCGGAGGAUUUGGCUAGUGGCCUUCUCACGCUCGCUACUAAUGAUUAUAUCUGGGGCAUGAAUCUUGUUAUUGAUGGGGGUAUUUUGCAGAGUGUUGCUGGCAACAUUUAG